UCCAACGUCCGCGUCGCGGUGCGAUGCCGCCCGUUCAACGCGCGCGAGAAGCAGCUCUCGUCCCCGUGCGUCGUGAAGAUGGACGGCGCGCGGACGACGAUCACGAAUCCGGUGAACGGGACCUCGCACACGUUCGAGUUCGAUCACUCGUUCUGGUCGCACGACCCCUCGGGCGGCGGCCGCGGCGGACCGACGCACGCGUCGCAGGAGACGGUGUUCGACGAGCUCGGGAGGGACCUCCUGGAGAACGCGUGGGCGGGGUACAACGUGUGCCUCGUCGCGUACGGACAGACGGGCAGCGGCAAGUCGUACAGCAUGAUGGGCGGCGGCGGCGGCGGCGGGGACCACGCGGGCGUCGUCCCGCGCGCGGCGAGGGAGAUAUUCGAUCGCAUGCGCGGCGACGACAGCGCGCGCGUAGAGGUGACGAUGAUCGAGAUUUAUAACGAGCGCGUGAAGGAUCUGCUGAACGCGGGGGGUGGGGGGGGGUCGACGAACCCGUUCGCGGAAAACGGCGGCGGCGGGUUGAAAAUUCGAACGCACCCGACGCGGGGACCGUACGUCGAAGGCCUCACCCCGUGCGCGGCGCGCGAUUACGACGAGGUCGUCAGGCUCAUGGACCGCGGCGAGAAAGCGCGGAGCGUCGCGUCGACGGCGAUGAACGCGACGUCGUCGCGAGCGCACACGAUCGUCGAGUUAAGGAUAUCUCGCGCGGACGCGGACGGGAGCGAAAUUCGAAGCAAAGUGAGCCUCGUCGACCUCGCCGGGAGCGAGCGCUCGGACGCGACGGGGGCGACGGGCGCGCGGUUGAAAGAAGGCGCGGCGAUCAACAAGUCCCUGAGCGCGCUCGGGAACUGCAUCUCCGCGCUCGCGGAGAAGGGAGGCGGGAAGAAGCUCGUGCCGUACCGAGACAGCGCGUUGACGCUUCUGUUGAAGGAGAGCCUGGGGGGGAACGCGAAAACGGUCAUGAUCGCGGCGUUAUCGCCCGCGGCGGUGAACUACGAAGAGACCCUGAGCACGCUCAGGUACGCGGACCGCGCGCGGAGGAUCGAGGGCACCGCGACGGUGAAC